AUGAUAUGCAGCAUACCUAGUAGGCGCUGCGGGUCACCACUCCGGCCAGUCAAGCAGCCUCCGCUCUUAUCGACAUCUCCGUUCUCCCCACCCUUCCCGGUAGGAGACUCUCCAGCAACCCCUCACAUCCCUACAAUGGCAGACAACACCCUCAAAGCGGCGAUUUUGAUCGUCUCGGAUACCGCUUCGCAAGAUCCCUCUACGGAUAGAGUGGGAGACACACUUACGACCGUCAUCUCAGCCGAAGGAUCGAACAACUGGGGUGAGCCCGUUAUCAAGAUCGUCCCCGAUAGUGUGUUGGAUAUCCAACGCUCCAUCUGUGACUGGACUGAUGGACCAAACUGGGUUAACCUUGUGAUUGUAAGCGGUGGUACUGGGUUUGCUACAAAGGAUAUCACGCCUGAGGCCGUAUCGCCUCUCAUCCAACGCCAUGCAUCUGGCCUGGUACACGGGAUGAUUGCAGCUUCUCUCAAAGUCACCCCUUUUGCAAUGAUGUCUCGCCCUGUUGCAGGUGUGCGAGACAAGACAUUGAUUGUCACCGUACCUGGAUCUCCCAAAGGUGCCAAGGAAAACGUUGAAGCUAUCAUCAAGCUCUUGCCGCAUGCGUGCAGUCAGGCGGCCGGCGCAAACUCCAGAGCUCUGCACGCAGGCGGGGUCAAGAAGCUGGAAGCCGAGGCAGGAGUGUCCUCUGCGCCAACUUCCUCUGGUAAACGACCCCAGUCAAAUGACCCAAACGCCGGUCCAAACCGGCGAUACCGCGAGUCCCCGUAUCCGAUGCUCUCUGUUGACGAAGCGCUCAAAUUGAUCAGCCAACACACGCCCGAACCGACAAUCAUUGAAGCUCCAGUGACAACAGCUCUCGUUGGAUCCGUCAUUGCUGAAGAUGUCUACGCCAAGGAAGCUGUGCCUGCAUACCGUGCCAGUAUCGUUGACGGUUACGCCGUCAUCGCGCCCGAGUCACCCAAUGCCGGGCCCAACACCAAGGGAAUAUUCCCCGUUGCAUCCAUAACCCACGCCAAUGAAGGAGGCGUCCUAUCCCCACUCGAACCCGGCACUAUAGCCCGAAUCACCACCGGAGCACCGCUUCCACCGAACGCCAACGCCGUAGUAAUGGUCGAAGACACCGUUCUCGCCUCAUCGACCCCAGACGGCCAAGAAGAAGCAACAGUCGAGAUCCUAACCGGCGACAUCAAGCCCCAAGAGAACGUCCGCGAACCAGGCAGCGAUGUAGCUCUGGGGUCAUGCAUCCUCCGGAAAGGCGAUCUCAUCACCUCGGUAGGCGGCGAGAUCGGCCUUCUCGCCGCGACAGGUACCCAGACGGUGAAAGUCUACAGGAAACCCUGCAUCGGAGUCCUCAGUACUGGCGACGAACUGGUCGAACAUAAUGACCCUCGCAAGCUCCAAGGCGGCCAAAUUCGUGACUCGAACCGUCCUUCCCUCCUCUCCUGCCUUGCCUCUUGGGGUUUCCCUACCGUCGAUCUCGGCAUCGCCCGCGACACUCCAGUGGGAGCACUCGAGCAAAGCCUCCGCGACGCCCUCCGAGGCAUCGGAAAAGCCCAAACCAGCGUCGACGUAAUCAUCACGACCGGCGGUGUCUCCAUGGGCGAACUCGACCUCCUCAAACCCACCAUCGAGCGAUCCCUCGGCGGAACGAUCCAUUUUGGCCGCGUCUCCAUGAAACCAGGCAAACCUACCACCUUUGCCACGAUUCCAUUCAAGCCCUCCUCAACACCAUCGUCAUCCUCAGGACAACAAGAACGCGAAACGAAACUCAUCUUCUCCCUCCCCGGUAAUCCUGCCUCCGCUCUCGUCACCCUCAAUCUCUUCGUGCUGCCCUCCCUCCACAAGCUCAUGGGCAUGGAACAGCGGAAAAUCACACCCGCUGGGAUCUCCCCGCCACUAGGCCUUCCCCUUGUGUCUGUGGCGGUGGCGCAUCCCUUCCCGGUUGAUAAGAAACGCACCGAGUAUCAUCGGGCGAUUGUUACGGCGUCGCGUUCGGAUGGUCGACUUUAUGCUAUGAGUACUGGAUUGGAGGGAGUGGGACAGCGUAGCUCUAGAGUGGGCAGUCUGGCGAGUGCUAAUGCGCUGUUGGUGUUGAAGCCCGGGACUGAGAAGGUUGAGAAAGGGACGUUGGUUGAGGCGUUGAUGAUGGGGGCUGUGGUGUCGGAGAAAUGA